AUGAUAGAGAAGAGCUCUUUUAAGGUAGCAACAGGUGUGGAGCUCAUCCUGCCUUUGGAUAUAGCAGAGGCAUCCUACUUAGUAGAACCACCAACAAUAAUAAUCUCAACAGCUGAGCUAAUAGCAAAGCAGUCAGUUGCUUUGCAAAAGUGA